UUAUUUCCGCUUCACUAGGUGUAGUAUGCUGUGGCCCAUGCAUAAUAGCAUUAACUCUGUUUUUUUUUUAAUUAAUUAAUUAAUUAAUUUUUUUUUUUUUUACUACAAACUUCUUCCUGAUUUGUUCUAUUUUCUUCCUUCAAAAGAGAGACAUGAGAAAAAUAUUUCUCUGAGGGAUGCUGACACAUUUUGCCAAUGUGUGAGCACCACGUCAGUUCAUGUGCUUUUUGAUUUAUCAGGUGCACAUGUCCCAUAGUGUAGGAGAUUUUCUCAAUUAGCUGAUGCAUUUUUUGUAUGUUACUAUGCAAGCACAUUGUCUUCUAUGCUGGUAUAUAUAUUAUGCACACCUGCCUGAGCAUAAUACCUGUACAUUACACAUUGUGAAGGAGAUACCUGUUGAUUAAUACCAAAACCAUUCCUGUAGUAUUAUUGUCGGAAUGUUAAACUUGUUCUACAAACUAUUUCCUUGCUUUUCAAGUAAGGAAAAAAAAGAAAGAUUUUGAUAUCUUUUGGGAUUUUAAUGACUAGAUGAUUCUGUGUCAACUCACAUAUCGUUAAGAUUACUUUUGGAUAUUUUGUUUCCCUCAGGGAAUAAAGAAAUGAAAGAACUUAUUGGGCGUGUUAGCUCUGAGCUAUAUGCGUUAGGUGCUGGUACUUGGAAUCUAGAGAGAGUUAAUGUGGGAAAUUGCUCAAAUCGGUUGAAAGUGGAAGAAUGGAUGCAGAACUAUUGCAACGUACUCUGCGUCAAUUCUUGGCAGGUGAAAAGAUACAUUGAUGUCUAUUCAGCUUCAUCCGUCAUUGGAUUUUCCUGUGAAGACUUGUUGCACAUAUCAGAUCUAUAUGCUCAAGCAGAGAAGAAUCGAUCAUGUUGCUCCAAGAAAUUGUUGUCUAAUAGAGAUGAAAUCUGCAAUUCAUUAUUACCUUAUCUUAAAAGGCAAAUUGAUGCUUAUUCUAAUUUUCUAUUGAGUGUUGCUGAUCUGGCACGCUGCAAAUGGACCGAGUUUAACUUAGAGAUGAUGGGAAUUGGUUUUGGGAUUAUGUUAAUCUCAAUAUUAGUCCAUAUCCUUGCUAUUAAGAGGAUGAAAAAUUCGUUUGGAGUUUCUCUUUCUUCAUUUGGAGAUAUCUUUUAGGUUAC